AUGUUCACCACCCUUCCUGCUGUUCUCCAUCUCUCACCUGAGUCCAGCUCACCUGAGUCCAGCUCACCUGAGUCCAGCUCACCUGAGUCCUCAAACUCACCUGAGUCCGGACGGAGAUGGAGGUUUCUUCCUCCGGAGGCUCCGGGUUCCGCAUCGACUCUUGCUCUCCCGGGCAGACCCUCCGAGCUCAGAGAGCCUGCUCCCCGGCACGGAGAGCCUGCUCCCCGGCACGGAGAGCCUGCUCCCCGGCACGGAGAGCCUGCUCCCCGGCACGGAGAGCCUGCUCCCGGCACGGAGAGCCUGCUCCCCGGCACGGAGAGCCUGCUCCCCGGCACGGAGAGCCUGCUCCCCGGCACGGAGAGCCUGCUCCCCGGCACGGAGAGCCUGCUCCCCGGCACAGAGAGCCUGCUCCCCGGCACGGAGAGCCUGCUCCCCGGCACGGAGAGCCUGCUCCCCGGCACAGAGAGCUGCUGCUCCCCGGCUGCAGCAGCUCCAGCCCCGCGGCUCCUCCUUCCUCAUCCGGGACAUCUUAGCGGACUGCCCGACCCGGGUCUGGUCUCCGACCCGGGACUGGUCUACUCGGACCCGGGUCUGGUCUACUCGGACCCGGGUCCUGAAGACUUCCAGGAUGAGAGUGUGAGCGGCUGUGACGGGGGCGGGGCCUCAGACCCGCUGAUGGAACAUCUGAAGAAACCUCGUAAAGCUCGGACGGCGUUCAGCGACCAGCAGCUGUCGAAGCUGGAAGGAAGCUUCCAGAACCAGAAGUACCUGAGUGUCCAGGACCGCAUGGAGCUGGCUGCCUCACUGCAGCUCAGCGACACCCAGGUCAAGACCUGGUACCAGAACAGGAGAACCAAGUGGAAGCGGCAGUCGGCCGUCGGGCUGGAGCUGCUGGCCGGAGCCGGACGGAUGUUCCUGCCAGCUCACUUCCUGUUCCCUCAUGCCCCGCCCACACCGGACCUCUACCUGUACCGAAGCCCCGCCCACCACCCGGUCCAGUCCCUGCUGCCUCGAGUCCUGACCCACAGCGGACCACACCCCCACUGACACCGGCGCACUGGGAGCACUGGUUUCUACUGGACGCCGUGGAGACAAACAAGCGUUUGAUUAUUGAACAGAAGCUUUAUUGAUCGUCUGAAACACGGCUGUCCUCUCCGGUUCUGAUGCUGUUUCAGGACCUGACGCCGUCUGGAGGGACCAGGUCCUGGAACUAAAUCUGGAUCCUGGUCUGGAUCCGAUACUGGAUACAGGUUCAGGUACUUUCAAGUUCUUGAGGCAACGGCAUGGCUCAUGAUUGGUUGAGCAGAUGUGACAUCACAACAAAAGUAAACAGCGUCUGAUUGGUGCGUCUGAGAGGAUCCAGACCACCAGACCCGUAACGGAACCACCGACAUGUUUUGAUCCACGACGGACCAGAAGAUCAAACAAACAAACUAAAGAAUAUCUGAGAACGAGACGAGAAGACGACGAGUUCAGUUUUUUACAUUUUCCAGAAAUAUGUAAAUAAUUGUUG